UAUCCGCCUUCCCUUUACCUCUCUCCUCCCCUCAGCGCUUAUGCGAUCAGAGCGAUCUAAGAUGGCGACGGUGGAACCGGAAACCAUUUCUAACCCUCAGACUUCAGAAGAGGAGAAAACUGAGAAAACUGAGACACCAGCAAGUCAGGAGAUUGCGAGUCCUGAAACAUACGUUAAGCAUCCAUUACAAAACAGGUGGGCACUCUGGUUCUUUAAAAAUGAUAAAAGUAAAACUUGGCAAGCAAAUCUUCGUCUGAUCUCAAAGUUUGAUACUGUUGAAGAUUUUUGGGCGUUAUAUAACCAUAUUCAGCUCUCUAGUAAUUUAAUGCCUGGUUGUGAUUACUCACUUUUUAAGGAUGGUAUUGAACCCAUGUGGGAAGAUGAGAAGAAUAAACGGGGAGGGAGAUGGCUAAUUACACUAAACAAGCAGCAGAGACGAAGUGAUCUUGAUCGCUUCUGGCUAGAGACACUGCUGUGCCUUAUUGGAGAAUCCUUUGAUGACUUCAGUGAUGAUGUAUGUGGAGCUGUUGUUAAUGUUAGAACCAAGGGUGAUAAAAUAGCAAUAUGGACUACUGAAUGUGAAAACAGAGAUGCUGUUACACAUAUAGGGAGAGUAUACAAGGAAAGGUUAGGACUUCCUCAAAAGAUAGUGAUUGGUUAUCAGUCCCAUGCUGACACAGCUACUAAAAGUGGUUCCACCACUAAAAAUAGGUUUGUUGUUUAAGAAGACACCUUCAGAGUAUUUCAUAGGAGACUGCGUCAAGCAAUCGAGAUUUGGGAGCUGAACCAAAGCCUCUAUAAAAGCAGAGUGGACUGCAUUUAAAUCUGAUUUCCAUCUAAAUGUUGCUAAAUUUGUGAAACUCAUUUGCUUUGUCUUGUACUUCUGUUUUCUUCCUCACCCCCUCCCCACCCAAUUUUUUGGCUGAUGGUAACCUUUUCCAAUCAAAGAAUUUCAGUGCAACAUUUGUCCCUCAAAUCCAUAUAUGUCUCCCUAACCCAUUCUCUGAUGCUUCUUAAGAAAAUAACUAUUAUAUUAAAAAAAAAUGUCCUGAAAACAGUGCCAUUUCUACAGGGGAAUAAACUACUACUUUUUCAUCUUUUCACUGUAUGCAAUAACAUGUUUUGCUGGUUUGAAAGAAAAGUAUGAUGCAUACAUUUUUCUAGCAAAUCUUUCUUUAUACAGCAUGAUCAUUGCUGUAAUUGAUGCUGAUGGCUGCUAGAUUUAAUUUAUUUGUUUCCCUUUUCUGAUAACAUUAGUGAUAUUCUGAUUUCAGUUCUUGCUCAUGUAACAUUGGUGAAGGAUCUGGGAAUAUGACAAAAGGUUUAAUAAACAUAAUUUUGUGCAUUCUAUGGUAAUUAUUUUGUAAUAUCAAAGCUUUGCUACAAAUUUCAUGCAUUUCAAGUCAAAUCAGUGAUAUGUUUGUGUGAUUUCCUGAACAUAAUUGUGGAUUUAAAAAAAAUGUUAACACCAGAAUUACAUUCCUUACUAGAAAUAGUAUUCCUGUUUUUGUAUCUUAUGCUGUAUUUUAACACUUUGUAUUCCUUAGGUUAAAUUUGCUUUGGUUUAAGUACAGCUCAAAUAGAAAAGCAGUCCCAUUCAUAUUAAGACAGUGUACAAAACUGUAAAUAAAAUGUGUACAGUGAAUUGUCUUUUAGACAAGUAGAUUUGUCCUUUUAUUUCAUUAUACUGAAGUGCUUUGUAAUACUUUUGACAAGAUAGUCUCUGUUGUGGCUUCUGUUGUAGUGUAUAUUCUAGAAAAGGAUAAGUCUUAAACUACAGUGAAUUCAAAUCCAGGAUUUAAAUUCUAUAGUAUUAUAUCCAUAUGCAAGUCUUUGCUGUGGUUAUAAUUAGAAUUAAUGUGCUCCAUGUAUUGUUUAGCUGCCAGGCUAGCAUCUCUAGAAGAACCAAAAUGAAUAUCUGAACGUGUGCCUGGAGCAGCAAAUGAAUAACAGCAACAAAACCCUCUAGGUCUUGCUAAGUUUGGGGGGAGGAGUAUAAAUUUGUCAAUUACACAUUUAUUUUGAGAAAUGUAGCAAAAUAUUAUUCUGGCACUUAAUGCAGUUUUUUGAGACAAUGGCAGAUUAAAACUUAUUUAAAGGAGAUAUUCCAAAAUUGUCAAUUUCAGUGUAAAGUGUAAUGGUCGGAUGAUGUCAUAUUUCCUAUAUGAGAGGGAGAUAUGAGGAAAUCUUGAAGAUAUUUAGCUGGCCUAUAGCUAAAUAUUUUGGUCUGAAUAUUAUCCAUCAAGGCAGUUUUGCUGUCUCCCUGACUUUAGCUAUAUUACCUUGGGAUAUUUGCCUUCUUUGCUAUAAAUGUCUUAGAAAUUUUGCCUAGUUAUCCUGAUUUUUGCCUUUUGGUUCUUGCAGUUUAUCUAGCACUAGCUCAAAUAGCAUUUUGUGUAAAAAACUGAUGCUGUAUCCUUGCAGUUAAUACUUCCCCUUAUAAUAAACAAAACAGCUCUUGUAUUAAAGCAAAUGUGGUUUGUACUAAUGUCUAAUUCUAUUUGAGAAAAGGAAAUGAUUGACCAGUGAGAACCCAGUUGCAUCUAUCAGGGUAGUAUCCAUGGUAUGAGAAACAUUGAUUGGUUCAUGGUAAUUUGAGGGCUGCAUAUAAAACUUUCUGAUUGCCCGAUAAGAAAAAUCAUGGCUGCAUAUUGUAGUCUCUUGAAAAUAUAAUCUGAUGAGUUUUGGAAUAAAUGGUUUAAAUAUUUGCAUUAAACAAGCCCUAACUGGAUAAAUAGAGGAUGAUGAAUGCGAUCUGGAAAAGGCUGAUUUGUCCCCUCAGCUCUUAUCCCUCAGCAAUCCUUUCCUGAUUUAAAUUGCUCACUUGAGGAUGUUUGCCUUAAGCAGUAAAAAUAGCAAGUGCAAGGAUUUUAAGAGGCAGAAAGUGUGGGCUAAGUUAAAAGCGAUCUAUUUAACAUCUUUUAACGCUCUGUCUAACAUAGUUUGCUGAAUUGGUAUUUGGUGGCUGUAACGAUGGGAUGCUGGGAGCUGACCUCUGAAUUUCCCAUUAUUUAUUGCAAUGCACCAUGAAAGGUGACUGAGUAAAUCUCCAGGUAGUGAAAACUUAUAAAAUCAGUUGCAAAGUGGCUGCGGAUUUUUGAUUCUUGUAUUUUGCUUUCGUCUGCCUUCUAUUUUAUUACAUCUAGUCAUUAGCGCCUUCAUCCCUAUUUUUAUCCAAAUAUUCUGAAUAUGUCUACCACCAAAAGAUGUCUACCAUCUUUUUGCUGAAGUGUUUUACUAUAUUUUAGUAUUUUCCAACAUUAAAAUAUUUGCUGUAUGGUAUAAAAGCCAGUUUGGUGUCAUGGUUAAGGCAUCAGGCUAGAAACAGACUUGAGUUCUACUCCUACCUUAAUCUCAAAGCCUGUUGGAUUAUCUUGGGCUAGUCACGUUCUCUUAGGAAAGGGACCUAGGAAGGAGAUGGUGACAAAACACUUAUAAAAGACUGGGAUUCAGACGAAAUUGAACAGAAAAAGAAAUCUGCGCCUUAUACCAUUUUUUAAAGUUAAUAGUUGGAUAAAAUACUACAUAUGCUUGAAUAAGGGCAUUUCUAACAUUGUAUGCUUUUAUUAAUGCAGCCUAGUCAAUUGCUUACUGUAUUGCUAUACUUGAGGCAUUCAAAAAUGCAGAGCUUUGUGAAUUUUAUUGGCUGAUUCAAAAUAAGUUAUUAUAGACCCAGUUUUUAUUGGAAGAAUCUUUGGUUUCAAAUUCCAUUUUCCUCCAGGUUUGGCAAACAUACAAGUAUACUUCUGAUUCACAGGAUGGAUGUGAUUAGGGAUACUGUGUUACAUGUAUAUCCUAAUUAACCCUUUGCUAUAUUGGAGAUGGGCAGUUUUCCAUUGAACAACUGGAGGGUCUCAGUGAUACAACCUCAUUUUUCACCUGAUUUUUUUUUAUUCCCCUAGGAGAAAAGGCCACUUUCACAUUUAAAAAUUCUCCAAGCAACAAGCUCUACUUUGAUGCGGUGACUUUGAGAUGUCUAAGCAAUUUUUUAAAAUGAAAAUAGUGUAUUGCUUACCAAAAUCUUCCUGCUCACAUUUUCAUCUUUAUUUUUUGCUGUGAAAGCAUUCAAAAAUGGUACUGCAAAAAAUUGCAAUGCAAAGUGCAGUCUUAAAAAUGCUGGUUUGUCACUAUUUGAGUCUCAAGUUAGCAGCAUGACUUAUGGGCUAUGUCUUCCUCAGUUCUGGGUUAGCAAGUGGAAUUGCAUUCCGUUUUUCCUUAGUAAUCUACUUGUGGCAGUGAAGGAUAUCAUCUAAAUUUAAUUUAGAUAUACAUUCUAAAAGUAUAUAGGUAUUUAUAUUUACUAGUAGUGUUGGUCUAUUGCCAAAAAUUGCUACAGUACUUAUAUGUUAAAGUGAUAUUGACUCUCAUAAUCACACUAUGUGAUAGAGAUUAAAUUCAAAUGAAUAAUGGAUAUGAAAUUACUAAAAUAUACUAGGGUUUUUUUCUAUCUAGUUAUGUAGAAGACAUUCUCCACUUUUAAUACUGUAAACAUGUAAAAGUUUAAACUUUAUAUUUUCUAAAAUGGUGUAACACUUACCAUCCAAGAAGAAAAAACGAAGACCACGGAAGGGAACUUGUAAAUUGACCUGAGAAGCAUAAAUCCCAGGAUUCUUAAUUAUACAAUUAAGGAUAACUUUGCCCCAGGAGUGUCAUUUCAUGUCCCAAGUACUGCCAAGGGAGUUCUCAGAUGAAUUUGACACCUCUUAACUUUGGGGGAGCGAAUUCUGAUGUCAGAAUAGCUCAACACAGAAAACAAUGGAAGGAUUAUGUCUGGUGAAAAAAACCCUCCUCCCUUUCACCUCCUUCUCAAACAGGAAACCAUAAACUGCUUACAACACUGGAAGAUACUCAAAAUGUGAGAUACUUGAUCUCCUUAAAUAAUUAACGGUGGGAGAAUUCCCUUUAAACUUAUUUUCACUGCUGGAAGUGUUGCUAAAUGGGGUUGCUCUCAAUGUUGCACCAAAAUGUGCAACUUUUACAAAUGGUAGGUUGUUGUUUUUUAACAUUUAAAGUUAUUGUUAAAAGUGACUUGAUUGUAAAUGGUGUGAACAUUUGGUGUGAGCAAAUGGUGGUCAGCUAAAUUGCUAUGCCCAGUUUCUAGUUCUAAAUAUCUUAACAACAGAAGGAGAAAAAACUUCCUUUUGAGACUCAAAAGCCAAUUGGGCUGAGAAAAGUGAUCUUCUCCCCACACCAGCAUGGCUGGUUGUUUACCUGACCUUUCAGCAUGAGGCAUCUCUCAUAGUCCUAUUUUGGCUCCUAAUCUGAUGUGCUUAGCUCUUGCUAAUAAGAGUUUUUAAAAAACGGUCAAUACUUGUUUUCUCUGGGUGAACAGUUAAAAACUUCGUGUUUUUAGUUUUAUUUCUUUCUCUUUUCUGGCCAAAGUGAUUACUAUUUGGUAACAGCAGGGUUGUCAAACUCUCAUCAUCACGUGACGUAUCGCAACUCCCCCCCCCCUUUUGCUAAACCGGGGUAUGGGCAUGGCCAGCACAUGAUACAUCCGGCCCGUGGGCCAUGAGUUUGACACCCCUGGGUAACAGCAAUGAUAUGCUGUCAGUGCACAUGGCACUUAAGAUUUUACCAGUAUUUAUUCUGCAAGAGAAGCAAGGGACUUCUUGUAACAUGUGAAUCCAGGAAACAUUGCUUCAUGGAAGUUUAGCAGGAAGUUUAGCUUAUUGCAUAUUUGUUCUAGUCCAAAAAUGAAUAUUUGACCAAGCCUUCAGUGCUUGUGAUGAAUAUAUAGUGUUUGUAUAUUCUCAUGCACACAAAAAUGUAGAUUUUACAGAUAGUUUUUUUAUGUGCAAAUUAUUUUCAAAAUCCAUAUCUCAUCAUUUACUGGCCAACGUGAUGGAUUCUUUUUUAAACUACCUAAUUUGAUGGAACCACGCUCAAGAAAGCCACAAAAACACUUGACGUGGACAGAUGGUGUCUUUAUAUUUCCUCUGAAGGUUGGAGAGAUGUUUAAUUUUAUAAAUGAUAAGGGGGUGCUCCUAAUAUUCUUUUUCUUUCUUUUUAUCAUCACUAUCAUAGUUACGAUUGUAUUACUAUUCAAUUGCUACCAGUAAUGCCCAUUAUUCUAUUAUCUUUAUAGAAUGUUCUAUACUUUUAUUAGAAUGUGUCAAUGUUUUUUUAAAUUUCUUAAGCCAGUUCUGCCCUAAGUAAAAUCUUCAAGAUUUCUUUUUCUGUUAAUUUCCAGCAUGUAAAACUCUUAAGUCUUUUUUACAAUGUGCUAGCUGUCUUUUGCUGGGCUGCUACUUUUCCUCUCCUUUGGAAGGAAAAACUUUCGUUCAGAUGCUGUACUCCUUUUGCAGAAUGCCAAGACACAAAUCUCUACAUCAGUUUCAAAGUUGCAGGUUUAUUGGCAAUUCUGCCAUGUUGAUACUUGGGCGGGGAAGACAAUAGAGAUGCCUGCAAUUUUACUAAGAUAGCUUGGAAAAGAGACUCUUGGACCUAAAAAUAUAUAUGCAAUCUACUAUUUGAUCAACUUCCAGUGAAAAGCUUUAGAUGUUAAUGUCAUUAAAAAAAACAGCUUUUGACAAUA